UACGACAACAGAUGAUUGGCUGUGUAGUUAUUUUGAAAAAUGCAUUUAAAAGUUUUCUUUCUGAUUAUUUUACAAUCGAGAUAUACAUAUCCGAAAGUGUGUGUUACUGAAUUCACGGAUCUUCUCACCGGGGAAGUGUUCGAUGCAAAAGAAUGCUCGCCAAAGGAACCCUGUCUUGCGAAGUGUUGCGAAAAAGACGAAAUGUUCUCAACGAGACCCGAAGGCAAAUCAAACGUUGUAAUUUGCGUGAAAACUGACACAAAUGAGGAGAACGAUCGUUUAAUGAAGUUCUAUGGCAAUGGUUACAAGAACGGAACGGCCGCCACAAAUACCACGCUUAAGAAUUUCCAACUGGUGCACAGCAAGACUUACCUAGACAGAAACUGUUACCAUCACCAGUGGCAUCCUAGGUCUCUGAAACAUUACAAUUUAGAGAACGGUAAGCUCGCCAAAGAAGCCCUAUUCGAAUUUUCCGAUAAAAGAUGGCAGGAGUACGAAAUGUUGACAUUCUGUUAUGACAUUAUAAAAAAGAAUGGAUUGAGUCCGGUAUAUUUUGUUCGUGGUGAUAUAUCGAAUGCUGAACUCACAUCAUUACAGGUUAUAUUGCAAACAAUAGCACACGCAACAAGCUGCGUAUUUCUUUUGUUAGGUAUUAUAAUUAAUUUCUUAAUUGGUAAAUACAAGAUUAACAAAGACAAAGCUUUUAUGGCGCAGAUGAUAAGCCUCUUCAUAAUGUAUUUGAUUCAACUAAUCAGCACAUUGACAAAAUAUUGCAGUUGGUUAGGUACUGUCAAAUACUUCGUAAUAUUGAGCAACAUAUUCUGGAUAAACGUCGGGUCAUAUCAUAUUUGGCAAAAAUUCAGAAGCUUCAAAUCUCUAACGGUUAGCAUGAGCGGCCGAACUUCCCGUAAACGAAAACAAUUCUGCAUGUGGUGUCUGUACGCUGUCGGAAUACCGCUCGUUAUGUCAUCGAUCGCUUUGUGCAUCGAUCUACUGAGCUUGGGCAUGAAAUACAAGUUUAGAAGCCCCGAAUUACAUUUAUGCUUUUAUUCGGAUCAAGCAUUGACGUACUACGUGCACAUGCCUCUUCUAAUCAUAACUAUAUCUAACAUGGUAUUUUUUGGACUCACUCUAUUCAACAUAAAAUCAUCGACGAGAACUAGCAAGAAGACAUUGAAAGAAUCAAUUCUUACACACGAAAAGAAAUCCAGAUUUAUGUUCUUCAAACUCUCUGCUUUAAUGGGUUUUAACUGGCUGCUGGAAUUGGCUCAGUCAUACGAGUUCCCAGAUUGGCUUGUCGAAAUAUUUGAUUUCUACAACCGAUCCCUUGGAUUUGUUAUUUUCAUCUUCUUUGUUUGUUCAAGAAACACAUUUGAACAGUUGACCAAACAGUGGACGAAAAGGGGCAAAAGACAGUCUGAUUUCCAUAUCAGUCGUUCAAAGAGGGCCAACUCAUCUAUUCAAAGUUCGCAAAUUGGAUAUUAAUGAUGUAAAAUAAAAAAUUAAACCUUUUACUUUUGUCAA